AUGUCUCUUGAACCCUCAACUGUCCCGCGUGGCAGGCUGGAUCUGAGCAAUGUAUACCUUAAGCUUGAGAACCUUCAACCCUCAGGCUCUUUCAAGUCUCGCGGCAUUGGCAACCUUAUGACCCAAGCGGCUGCUGCUGCCACAGGCCCGGUCCACUUCUACUGCUCAUCUGGAGGCAACGCUGGUCUGGCAUGUGCAACUUCUGCCCUCUCUCUGGGCCAAAAGGCGACUAUCGUAAUUCCUACCAUCAUUACUGAGCUGAUGAAGGGCAAGCUUCUCGACCUUGGGGUGGAAGUACACCAAAAAGGCAGGAAUUGGGCCGAGUGUGACAAGUAUAUGCGUGAGGAGCUAUUGGCAAAUGACCCCAUGGGCAUAUAUGUCCCGCCCUUCGACGAUCCUCGGGUUUGGGACGGUGCAGCAACUAUGGUUGAUGAGAUCCGAGAUCAACUUGAAGAGCCCAUCGAAGGGAUUGUCUGUAGCGUCGGAGGCGGCGGUUUGAUCAAUGGCCUGAUGCAAGGCGUUGAGGGCCGUCCCUGGCAAGAUAAGAAACCAGCUGUCGUUGCCGUCGAAACCAAGGGAGCAGACAGUCUCAACGCAAGUGUCCUUGCCAAAGAACACGUAACACUCCCUGAGAUGACCUCGAUCGCAACGUCUCUGGGCGCCACUAGAGUGUCAGAGCAGACUUGGAAAUGGAGCCAGCAAUCUUCGGGUACUAUGAAGAGCCUCGUUGUAUCUGAUGCGGAUGCUGCCAUUAGUGCCGUGCGCUUCGCUGACGAUGGGCUGCAUUUGGUUGAAGUCGCUUGCGGUGCUGCCCUGGCUCCCGCUUACCGAGGGGAUCUGAGAAGACUGCUUGGAAAGGGCAUGUCCGACGAGGAAUGGGGUAAGAAGAACGUGGUGAUUGUGCUUUGUGGUGGUUCGAAUGUUACUCUGGGCAUGCUCAAUGAAUAUCGGGAUAAGUAUCGAGGGGAAUCCUCAAUCAAGAUUUGA